AUGUCCACACAUCAACACCACCGUCACAGUUAUAAGGUAGAAAAAGACGAUGAUGAUGAUUAUCUGUUUCAGCGAUUUUUGGAAGAAUCGGAAACUAGACCCAGUAGAGAACCAUCGCCUGUAACCGAACAAUCUCAGCAAGAACUACAACAGGAUGUACAGCAAGCAAUUGAUGGUAUAUUCAACUCCCUUAGGAGGAAUAUGAGCUCUACUUCAAAUGCAAAUAGAGCUAGUAAUACUGGUGCGAACAGAGAUGUAAAUGGAGGAACAAACGCAGAUAUCAGAAGGGCUACCAACGCUAAUACAACCGAUCCUUCAUUUUUGGCAAGACGGCAAAGUCCUUUUAGAACUUUUCUUAGAAACCUGUUCAUUCUGGAUUACUUUAUUGGACUAAUAUUAUUCCCGUUUUCCAUGUAUAACAUAUUAAGGAGCGGAUUCAACUCUAUGACAUUCUCAGAGAAUGAUUUCAUUGUUGAAAUUGUGGGAUACUGGAAAUUUGCCAAAAUAUUUGGUUCUGGUGGUACGACACUAAUUGCGUAUAAGGAUACAAGUAAAUUAGGGUUGUUAGGUAAGUUUCAUAAUAUUAUUGUAUUCUACUCCUCACCAAUGGUUAAACAUAUUAUGAAGAAUGGCGAUGGCAAAGAAUUCAAGCUGAAUUGGUUGAAAUUGAUGUUUUCCAGAAUUUUCGAAUUAUUCGUCAAAAUCUCUACAAUUCUGAUAUAUUUAGCUUAUGGUGUGAGUGGUACUAUCUAUAUGGUUACAGCUGGCUUUUUCUUCAUAUUAUGUCUACUAUUCACUGUAAUCAGAAGAUACAAAGGCGUCCAUAGAAUGCUGGUUAGCCAAAGGAUGACAGGACCAGGCGUAUUUUAA